AUGUCUUUAUUGACUCGAACAGAUGUGACGGCUGUAAAAAUCUAUAACCAAUAUAUUUUAGCUGGUAUUGGUAGUAAUGUUGAAAUAUUUAAUAGGGAUUCUGAGAAAUAUAUGCAAAAAAUAUGUACUUUAAGAGGGCAGAAGAUAUAUGGAAUUGUUCCUUCACGUUGCUUUUCUAAGCUUCUUGUGUUUGGUGGUAAACAGUUUACAGUGCUAACAUUAAAUGAUGCAUCCGAACUUGAAGAUAAUUGUGACCUGCUUCUUCGUGAAACAGAGCCUUUAGUGUGUGAUGAUUGGAUACACUCUGGCAUUUGGCUCUCUAAUGAUAAAGUUGCACUACUGUCUGCUCAUAAUAUAGUGCAGAUUUGGAAUUCAGUGACACAAACAUUAGAAGAUCAAUACAUAAAUAAAGAAAAUUCGAUUUUAUACAGUGGACUGCUAUUGAAAUUACAAGAUGAUAUCCUAGUGUUUAGUGGCACUGUGUUUUCAGAAGUCAUUUUACACUUGUGCUAUGCUAAGAAAUCUAUACACUAUUUAAAGGGCCAUAAGGGAGUCAUAUUUUCAAUUAGCUGUGAACCAGAAAAAAAUAUAAUAGUAACUACGUCCGAUGAUAGAUCUGUUAGAGUUUGGACCAUAAACAGUUCUAAUUUUAAUUAUAAGUCAAAGGCUUACUGGGAAAAUGCCAAAAUAAAUUGUUUAUAUGAAUUAUAUGGACACACAGCUAGAGUCAUGAGAAGUUGUAUAGCUGAUGAUUACAUUAUAUCUAUAGGGGAAGAUUCCAGAAUUUGUUUUUGGAACUACCAAGGAAUGUUAUUGAGAAAACUUGAAUCACAUCAAAACGCUUGUCUAUGGUCUUUAGAUACAGAUAAUAAAUAUUUAGUAACUGGUGGUGGAGAUUGUGGUGUUAUUUUACAUCCUCUUACAUUAGUUACUGAAUAUAGCCAUAAAGAAAUAAUUACUGAUGUUUUAUCACCUAAAAAAGUAGAUUUUACUGCUAGAAAAAAUAUAGUUAUCAUGACGGAAAGAAAUGAGAUUAUCUACUACAAUUUGAAUGCAAAAAGUAGUACAGUAUAUGAACUAAAUCAUACUUCAACUUAUAAACUACUUAGUGUAUCUUCAUGCAAGCAGAUAAUAGCUGUUGUAGAUAUGAAUGGAAAAUUAGACAUAUUUAUUGAGAACUGUAAGAAAGAUGAAAUUUCGAGGGUAAUUGACACAACAUUGACGUUAGGAAAAAUUCUAUCUUUGCAAUGGGCAGGCAAUCGACAUUUAGUACUUUGCUCUGAUAAUGGAAAUAUUACAAUUUUAGCUUCAAAACAAAAUGAAUUUGAAGUGCUUCAAACUUUUCUUCUUCCUCCAUCUAAAGAAAGAUGGUUAACAGCUAGUGGUAUAAGCGUAGAAAACAAAAUUUUGGCUGUGUCAGACAGAUGUGGUCACAUAUACAUAUAUGGAUUUGGAAUUAAAGAACCUUUGAAAACUUUUAAGAAAGUACAUGGAAAAUAUGGUGCUACGUCAAUAACAAUAAAGCAUAACGAAAUUAUAACAACGGGGAGAGAUGGUUCGGUCAAAUAUUUCACAUAUUCAAAUGAGUCAACUAAGUAUAUGAUGGCCAAAAAUCUCGAGUUUCAAUGGGUUGAGAAGUUUCUAGAUAAAGAAGAAAAUUUUGUUUGUGGAUUUCAAGAAAGGACAUUCAUUGUGUUUGAUCUUAAAAAUAAUUUGAAACUAAUAGAAGUCAAUUGUGGAGGCGGACACAGGUCUUGGGAUGCCGUUAGAUAUUUUGAUAAAGUCAAUGGCUAUUAUGGAGAGUUUAUUAAACUGAUGUACAUCAAGAAUUCUUCUUUAAAUGUAGAACUAUUUCAACUUAGAAAAAUAACUUCUGCUAAUAUCAUAAAUGGCACCCAUUCUAAAGAAAUCAACUGUUUGAAGACAUUUAAAAACAUUUCUGAAAUCUUCUUCAUAUCUGGUGGAGAAGACACCACCUUGAGGAUAUCAAGUUCAAAUUCCAAUGUAACAUUUAAGGAAAAAGCUAAUUUCAAACAACUAUCAAGUAUUAGAACUCUAAAAACAUUUAGCUUAGACAAAAAUAAAGUUCUCUUAGUAUCAGCGGGCGGAAGAGCUCAGAUAUGUGCAAAAAUAAUAAUAUUCCAAACCGAUACCAAUAAAAUAAUGUGUGAAGAAAUUAUCGAUUAUCAAAUAAAAGGCACAGAUAAGGAAAGAAAUAGAAACUGGAAAAACCGCUCCAUAGAUUUUGAUCCGGAGACGAGAAUAAUGGAUUUGGAAAUCUCUAAAAUUGAUGAAUUUAAUUUUCUGAUAAAUGCCGCGUGCUCUGAUGCGGUGUUAAGAAUUUUCGAGUUAAAACUAGAUGAAAAAUCAAUGAACAUGGUACAAGAAAUAAAAUACCACAAAACGUGUAUAUUAAAAACGAACUUAUUUCGAAUAUCGAACCGGAAUGUAUUAGUAACAACAACAACAAGAGGUUUUGUCGCUUUCUGGGAAAUCAAUACAAAAAUAGUAGAGAUUCCGAUUUUUGAAACAAAAACAAAUAAAUCGGGCAUCAAUUGUAUCGAUAUUAAAGUAAUCGAUGAUAAUCGAUUUUUACUUGCGACUGGUGGGGAUGAUAACGCUAUACAUCUAGUAUUACUACAAUUCAAUGAAUUUAAUAGUAUAGAAGUAAUUUAUUCAUGGUCUUCUGACAAAUUUCACUGUUCUCAAAUAACUGGAUUAAAAAUAAUCGAUAAUUUGAUGAUUUCAACGAGUAUCGAUGAAAGGAUCACUUUGUUAAAGUGGUCUGCGAAUAUCGACAUUAAAUGCGAGUUUAUUUCACAAAGUUAUAGUGAUGUACCUGAUAUACAAGGAUUAGAUAUUAUCGAUACUCUUAGUGACUCAAUUGUAGUAUGUGUAUUUGGGAAAGGAGUUGAAGUGAUCAAAUUAUCAAAACCUAUGCAAGUA